GAUAGAGGAGCAGACAUGCAUGGUUGAGCAGCAAAGUGAUCCAAGGCUUCCUCUGAGUCUUUCAUGCAUUCGGUAAAUGAUACCUUUCUGUCUUUCUACUGGCCCUCCUUCCUCAUACAAAUCAUUCCAUCAUCUCAUCAUCAUCUUCCUUUUCAUGGACGUGACUAUUUAACUACUUGUCCUUCCCUCUAUCUCUCUCUCUCCUGUUCCCCACAGAGACUUGUGUCUUUGUGUUCUCUCCUCCUCCUCCUCCUCCUCGGGUUCUCGCGUCCAUGGGAUUUGAGGUGGUCGUCGUGGGCGAAUUGCCUUUGCUUCCGGCUAUAAAGACGUCCUCCUUGAUACAAGAAAAGCCCGUGGAAGGCGGUCCAAGAACGAAGGACGGCGAAGAGGAAGAGUGCGUGACACCGGUGGCGGAGGAACACACGCUGAGGCCGGCCGUCGUGUGCCCGCCCGCCCCGAGAAAGCGGAGACCUGCAAAGCGGACGGUAGAGGCUCCACCAAAUGGCUUUUAUGACGUGCCUUGUGAUCUCACCUCCAUCUUUCUCGCCCUCCCUCUCAAGAAGAAAUCCUGCGUGGAUUGGUUACGUCUACUGUAGCUUCUUUCCUUGUUUCUUCUGAUUUCUUCUUUCUUCUUGUGCAUGGACGUGAAUGAUUUCAUGGUCUUCAUCUUUUUCUC